AGGGUGAAAAAAAAGUUAAUAAAGAUCAUUUAACCUCUUCCCUAAUAAAAGUAAGAAUCACCCCCUUUUCCCAUAAAAAAAAAAUAAAAUAAAAACUGUAUCGCCCCGUGCGGAAAUUUCCGUACUAUAAAAAUAUAUUGUUAAUUAAACCACACGAUCAAUGGCCUACGCGCAAAAAAAUUCCAAAGUCCAAAAUAGCUUCUUUUUGGUCACUUUUUAUAUCAUGAAAAAAUGAAUAAAAAGUUUUUAAAAGGUAAGGAGGAAAAAACGAAAGUGCAAAAAUGGAAAAACCCUGAGUCCUUAAAGGGUUAAGGACCGGGCCCAUUUCAAUUUUUGCAUUUUUUGUUUUUUCCUCCUCCCCUUUUAAAAUCCAUAACUCAUUUAUUUUUCCACCUACAGACCCAUAUGAGGGCUUGUUUUUUACGUGACCAAUUAUAAGAUCUAAUUUGUAAUAAGAUCUUUUAUUUACCAACUUUUGGGGGUUUGUUUUUUGGUAAAAAUAGUACAUUAUCUUUAUUCUGUAGGUCAAUGUGAUUAAAAUUAUACCCUUUUAUUUCGUUUUUUCUUUUAUUGUACUACGUUAAAAAAAAAAAAAAGCUAACUUUUUUUUACAAAAUUGAUAUGCAUAAACUUUUCUGACCCCUAUAACUUUUUCAUUUUUCGGUAUACAGGAAUGUCUGAAGGCUCAUUUUUUGCACCAUGAUCUGUAGCUUUUAUUGAUACCAUUUUUGAUGAUACGAUUUUAACUGUUUUAAUGAAACUUUUUGAUUGCUUUUUAUUAGCAAUCAAAAUUGAACAUCCGUAUUUUUGGUGUUUGGUAUUUUUUUUUUAUUAUAUAUUCAGUUUACCGUUCAGGAUCAUAAACAUUAUAUUUCAAUACUUUAGACAAUUACACACAUGGCGAUACGAAAAAUGUUAAGGGUGAUUUAAUUUUUUUAUUAGGAGAGAGGGAUAUAAUUUCCCAAACUUUUUUAAAUGUUUUAUUUUAUACUUUUUAAGUCUCCAUAGAGGACUUUCAUAUGCAAUCAUUAGAUUGCAUUUACUGUAUAAUGCUAUGCCUAUGGCAUAGCAUUACACAGUAUGAUUGGGGAUCCACUUAGAUAGAUUCGCUAGGCCAAGCUACACCUGUGGAUCAGCGAUCUGCAUCAGGAGGCAGAUUAUGUGACACGGGGAGGAGUUUGGGCAUCUUGUAAAAGGUGCAGAACCUGUCGGUCAUCACAGUAAGGACUCACCAUGAUCCAGAUCCUUGGUCUUCUACUGCUGUGUACAGGAGCCGCUGCAGAUCUGCAGUGCACUGUGAUCCCUGGAAAUCUGAAGCAGAUCGAUGCAGGUGCCGGUCAGGUCUAUGGUGUGAACAAUGAUGACAACAUCUACCAAUGGGUGGACCAAAACUGGAAGCUGAUUCCUGGCAAACUGAUCCAUGUGUCGGUCGGUCCAGCCGGUGUCUGGGGAGUCAACAGGGCGAAUAAUAUCUAUAAAUUACAAGAUGGCAACUGGGUGGCUGUUAACGGUCUUUUGAAGCAGAUAGACGCAGGUGGGGAUAAAUUCCUGUCUGGAGCCAACGCAUGGGACGCCAUUUACUGCCUGAGCCAGGAUCAAACCAUUUCCAGAUCGGUCGUCUUCGCCUAUACCCAACUAGAGGGGGCUCUGAAGUAUUACAGCUGUGGCCCUUAUGGCUGCUGGGGUGUCAAUUCCGCCAAUAACAUAUAUUACCGCUAUGAUGUGAAGCCCACAUCCUGUCGGGGAAGUCGGUGGCAGCAGAUACAAGGCAGUUUGGUCAUGGUGGAGGUCGGCACAGAUGGUUCUGUGUAUGGUGUGAACGCCCAAGGAAAUGUGUAUAAAAGGGAAGGGAUCUCGGCUAGAAAUCCUAUUGGGACCUCUUGGACUAUGACGGAUUUCUGUGGCACUUUCCGACAUGUAUCUUAUGAUGAUGGAAACCUGUGGCUUCUCACCACGAAUGGAAACAUCUAUAAAUGCAAAGUCAAUGGCUCCGUUGUCCCAACCCUGUGAUGAGAUCCCAGGAUCACUAGUCACACAGCCAAAUGGAGCAAAAAGUAUUCACUUUGUUUUUUUUGUUUUUGUGAGUUGAA